AUGGAUCUCAGUGCUGACUCUGGGACACUCCCCACCCACACCACUGGAGGAGGACCUGCGAUGGAGCAGGAGCUGUCUCUGUCUAACACUUGCUGUCAAACAGAAAGUGGAGGCACCAUCUUAUUACAGUUACUGGAAUUUAAAACCCAUCUACUUGAGGCUGUUGAGGAGCUGCACAUUCGGAGGGAUGCGGAGACGCGGUUUGAGGACCAGAUCAGUAAACUGGUGUUGGAGAAACAGGAGCUGGAGUGGGAGAAGGAGUCCCUGCAGCAUCAAAAUGACACGGUGUUAAACCAGCAGACAGACUCACUCAUCAAGGUUAAAAACGAGCUUCAGGCCAAAAUAAGAAACAUCGAGGAGCAGAAGGGGAAGUACCAGGUCAGUGCUGAGUUAAAAGACAAGGAGAUUAACAACCUGAAAGAAGAGCUGAAGUCGCUACAGUUAUUAAAGUACAACUUGGAGAAGAGAUCGAGUGAGCUGGAACAGAAAUUAUCCUUGCAGAGCCGGUCAAAGGACAGCCACUUGAACCAGUUGGGGGAGGUUGAGAAACGUUUCGGUGCUCUGUCCAGACAGUGUGCCACGGUCAAGCAGGCCCACGAGAAACUAGAGCAAAACGUUGACGAAGCCGUGAAAAUACAAAAGAAGCUGACUACUGCGAAUGAAAAACAAGAAGCCACCAUUGUGUCCCUAAAGAAGGAGUUGGAGGAGGUCAGUCACAAGCUGAUCAAGGCCAAGAUGUCCUCAGUGAGACACGGUGAGGCCCACAGUGCUGCGGGCAGAGAGCAGCACUGUGAGCAGCUGCACCGGAAACUGAGCAUGGAAACUGAAAUGAACCAAAAACUCAGGGAGGAAAAUGUGUCAGCGAGGGCAGAAAAGCAGGAAGUCAUGAGGUCUCUGCAGCACAGCCAGCAGCUUUUGUUGAGUCAGACGCAGACAGUGAGCAGAGUUGAGCUGGCGCUGCAGAUUCAGAGAGAGCAGUACCAGGCCCUUAAGCAGGAACAGAGGGUGAUGAGAGAGCAAAGCAAGGCGGCAGAAGACGAGGUGGCCCGACUGAUGCAGAGCGACGCAGCUUCCAAGCACAGCUGGGACACAGAGAAGUCAAUGUUUCUGGGUUGCAUCAAGAGCGAGCGGCAGGACCUUCAAGCCGUGAAAGAGGCUCACGAGGAGCUUCAACGGCAACACACAGAGCUGUCCGCUCAGGCCAAAGUGCAGGCUCAGCAUAUAUAUGAACUGGAGAUGAGAGAUGGCGGUCAGAGCCCUGGUGUUCCGACGGAGGACAUCAGAGGAGAAGGAACUCUUAACGAACCCAUCUCCAGCUCUGAGCUGCCUCUGAGCUUUGGCAGUCUGCAGCACUUGGCCUCCGCUCAGACCAGCAACCCAGACGGUCUGGAGGACACAGGGGUUGUGACUGAGCGAGAUGCCACUGGAGCAACCGGAGUUUCAUUUGUAUUAAGCCAUUACCACAUGUGUGUUGAUGGAUCUGUGGACUUACUGAGCAAAGAACAGAGUGAUGAAGGGAAUGGAGGAAGGAGUGAGAGGGAGCAGGGCUGGAAACAUGACGAGGGGCAGCAACGGAAUGGCAAGGGAGAAGAUGUGAAGGAAGGAGGAGGCGCUGCAGAGAAGAGAGGAACACUCGGGCCCCAAACAACAGAGAGAGCAGCCAGACGAGAGGGUUGCCCCGGGUCAACGGAGGAUGCAGGGGGCCCCAAACGGCCUGAAGCAGCACCAGAAGAUAGAGCCGAGGGUGAAGGGACGCACGGAGCAGAGGAGCGAGGAAAGACGGGGCUGCGUGCAGCAGAAACCCAGAUAGCCCAGACGACCACUGAUACGAUGGCCGAGAAGAGCGACACACAGCCGGCCGUUGACCUCAUGGACACUGAGCUGGCCGCCUGCGAGCCCUCAGACCGCUCACAAAGUCUCCUUCAGAGCGUCGGUGAGGAGGAUGCCGCCUCCAGCCGCGUGAUGGAAGGACAUGAGACGCCAUCUGUUCUGUGCCGGUCCGAUGAGCACCGAGGUGUCGAUGACUGGCCGAACUGUGUUGCUCAAGAGGCGCAAAGCCUCUGUCAUGAUGCGGUCCAAACCUUAGCGGAGUCAGUUACUCCGAGUCCCAUUCAUCACGUUCUGAAACCCACGGAGGAGAAACCGUACAUUAAAUCCGCAGCCAAUAUGUCUCCUGAACUUUCUGGAUCUCGGGAUCAGUCGGGCGUCUGGUGCUCACAGAUCAGUACCGCACCAUCAGCUGCUAAGUCGGAUGGUGUUAGCCUCCAAGAGUCGGCGACAACACAGACUCGACCUGGUGAUCCUUCGGACAUCCCCAGCGACAUGAAGCAAACGGAUGCAUCACGUCCAAGUCCGGAAAUCUCCCAGCAGAGUGGACCGCUGAAGUCUCUGGUAGCUGAAGACGAUGGUGAUUCUAGUGUGUUCAAAGGGCAAUCAAACGUAGACACGCAAGGAAACAAUGCCUGCGAGACCCAGAAACCUACGGCCGAAUGUACUCUGAAGAAUGCCCGUGCUGACGCCACGGGGGAUGCUGCGGGUCUCGAGACCGGCAGCCGUCGAGAAAUAGAUGGCGCAGGAGAUGCGAAGAUGACUAAGAGCGAUCCUGAUUCUCAGCCGCCCGUCCAUCCGUCUCACGAGAGUGACGCGACACCAGAGACUGGUGGCACAAAAUGCUAUGAGCGGUCUCAAGAAAUGCUGCCCGAUGAUGCACACGAGUUGCCUCUGCUCGGCAAUGCGUCGUACAGGUCGUCCUUUGACUGGUGCACCGCUCGGGGAAGAACGGGAAGCUCCAGAGAUACGGUCGAUGUCUCCGUCCCACAUCAGUUUGUUCAGGGGUCUCCUGCGUCCGAGCAAAACACAAGCGGUCCUCGUGGACUCCUCAGGCAUCCUCCCGGCACAAUACCCACGUUCCUCAAGAGCAAGCACAGCAAAGUCCCCUUGGUGGUUACCAGGGCGUCGGAUCUGCUGAACGCGAGUGUCUCCGGGGCGACCGCUUCCACGGUGAGACACCGGCAGGGAGGGCGAGACGCUCCGGGGGAGUCGGCAGCGGCAGACACGGAGAGCGGAGUGUCUCUGUCUCUGUCCACGUCUUCUCCAGUCAGCAGGCUGCUGUGGCAAGCCGCCCCAGGCUCCUUACCUCCUACCUCAGAUGCAGGUCCUAGUUCAGAGUCCAACUGGGAGCCCUUUUGCUCCCAGGAGAAGGAGGACCAACAGUCCUCAUUCAGGGCCCAGAUCUCUAAAAUCGAGCACUUCCUCAACACAGAGAGGCUCCGUCUGACCAAAAGACGAAGAACGGACAACUGA